UUUCUCCAUUCUCAUUAUUCCCAUCUCCACUGCUUCAUCGCCAGCUGCUACUCCACCAUGGAUUUGAUGCGCCACUCAUCUACCUUUCUUCUCCCGACGAUUCCUACCGACGGCCAGUCUUACGCACUCGUCGUUCUUAAUCAACGUCUUCCAAGAUUCACUCCUCUGCUUUGGAAGCACGCACGGAUUCGGCUCUGUGCUGACGGUGGCGCCAACCGCCUCUAUGAUGAAAUGCCUCAGCUUUUAUCUUGUAGUGAAGAUGCGUCAGAUGUUCGAAGCAGGUACAAGCCAGAUAUAAUCAAAGGAGACAUGGAUUCGAUUCGAAAUGAAGUACUGGAUUUUUAUACAACCCUGGGAACAAAGGUUGUAAACGAAUCUCAUGAUCAGGAUACCACAGAUCUGCAUAAAUGCAUAACAUAUAUUCGUGACUUCACUCCAGAUUUGGAGAAAUCUAAUCUUUGCAUUCUUGUUGCUGGUGCACUUGGUGGACGGUUCGACCAUGAGUCUGGAAACCUUAAUGUUCUAUAUCGUUUUUCAACCAUGCGUAUAGUUCUUCUUUCUGAUGAUUGCCUCGUUCAUCUUCUUCCAAAGACUCACCAUCACGAGAUAAACAUUCAACCUUCUAUUGAAGGUCCACACUGUGGGCUUAUCCCUAUUGGGAUGCCAUCACAGAGAACUACAACUACUGGGCUUCAAUGGGACCUGACUGACACAGAGAUGAAAUUCGGUGGUUUAGUAAGCACGUCAAAUAUUGUUGAAGGGGAGAAAAUAACUGUGCAAUCUGAUUCUGAUCUUCUUUGGACGAUAUCCAUCAAGAAGUAGUUGGUGCUCAAGCCGCAGAUUUGAUUGCUGUUUCUAGCCUACACUGAGUUGGACGAUUCUGAUUCUUAUAUAUACAUAUUAUAGCUAAUUUUUUAAAUUAUAGAUAGUUGCUUUUUUGGCAGUUAUUCAAAUAAAUACUGUACGGUCUG